UAUUUAACAAUUGAAAAUCUUCCUUUCGAUCGGAUUGUUCUUCCCCUGCAUCUUCCAUCCUUUCCAUAUUUUCAUUUUUUCAUUUUUUCAUAACCAGAAGGAGACAUCAUGGAUCCAGUUGGCUUGGAUGAGAGUGAUCUUGAACUGUUGGAUCAAAACAGAUUGGAGAGGGAUCAGAUUCUGCUGGAGAUCAACGAACUGAAAGAGAGAAACGAGAGAAGAAAGAAGGAGAGAGAGGAGGAGGAACACAGGCUGGCAGCUGAACGUGCCGCUGAAGAGCAGAGAAGAAAAGCUGAAGAGGAAGAGAGAAGAAAAAAAAAGGAAGAGGAUGAUAUCAAAAGAAAACAAGAUCGCGCUCUAAAAAUGGCUGAAUUUGAAAAAUGGAAGAACCCACCAAAGGCCAACUUCGUCAUCAGCAAGAAAAUUGGAGCUGCUCUGGGCUCUGAACCUGAGAGUGAACAAGAUGAUCAGAAGAACAAGAAGUCCAAAGAGCAGUUGGAAUCUGAGAAGAAGGCAAUCUUGGCUCAACGCAUCAGACCAUUGGACGUCAGCGGCUACGAUAGCUCCAAGCUGGCUGAAAAGGCUAAAGAACUCCACACUCUCAUUGCUCGCCUGGAAGGAGAAAAAUACGAUUUGGAAAAGCGUUACAAGACCAUGCAAGUCCAGCUGAUGGAGUUGGCUGACAGAGCCAGGCAACAGAAUGUCGUCGGCAAAGAAGGUGGUUUGAAAAGAGUUCAUGGAAGUGAAGAAACCGUCGACGUUAUUCAGACGAGAUUCGCUGGUGCACCUUCGAAGGUCGAAAUGUACAGCAAAUACGAAAGGCAAAAGGACAAGAGGUCGUAUGAUGACCGCAAAGAAAUUUACACGGGACCGCUCUUCUCAUCGCACGCCGAACGAAUCCAACCACAGAAAGUGGUGGCAUGGAACGAAGAACGCAUGCCAACUUACCAAUAAAUCGUCUGAUGGCCUGAAAAUUUGAAGAUGUUUUAGUGUUUUCGAUUGAUCAACAUAAAUGUAUAUUUUUUAUAAUCUGCAAUUUCAAUAGAGUUUGUUUACUUUUAAUAUUAAAACACAAUUCAUCUGUAUAUACAAACAUUUUGUUACUAAAAAUAAAAAUUCAGAAUUAAGAACAACACCAUGCACCCUUUACGAAGUCUUAAAGCAUGCAUCGUGGCGUAAUAAUGUUUCACAUGGAGAAAAUAUAUGCAAGUUGAAACUGCAAAAUUUUUAGCGUGGAAAGUGAAAAACCACAGGUGAUUAAAAUUAUUUAAAAACAAUAGUUGGUGCAAACUUCACUCUGUUUCUGUAUAGGAAUGCAAAUGUCUUAUAAUAACAAAUUUCAGUGAAAACCUCCUUGUCUCUCGUUCACAUUUAGAAAUUUUAAAAAUUAAGUAACUUUUAAAAAAAUUAAAAUAUUAAAAAUAGCAUUGCGUGUGUUGAAAUUCUGUUUUAAAAUGAUUGUGAAAGAAAUUGUAGAACAAGCAAGUGAGAUGAGAGAACCGAAAUUGUGCGUAGGAAUUAAAAACUUCGAUAGAUGUCAGGACGUCGAGAUGGCCUUGUCUUUGCUGCCGUUGCCGAAGUUCCAAUCCAAAAACAAGCUCUUCAAGAAGUCGUCGAAGCACCUGGAAAGCAUGAGCACAUGGCCGGGUAGGAAGUUGUACGUGGUGUAGACGGUGCAGAUGAGAAUCAGGAGUAGCAGGCCAUGAAAAAUGUUCCUCUCCCAUGGUUCGAGAACGGCCACUCCGAGACUCAUGCUGUAGAAGAAGUAGGCUCUCUCGACCAUCUCCUUCAACUUUCUGCAAGCGUCCUCCAUACUUCUUCUUCCUUUCCUGAUCAAUUUUAAAAUAUGCCUCUUAUCUCCUCCACCGAACAACACAACAAACAGCAAAUUGUAUAAUAGAAAAACUAUUUAGUUUUUAUUCUUUUGCUUAAAUAUUAAAUUACAACAAUACAGCCAUG